AUGAUUGGUGAGCGAAAAGCUCUGCGCAAACGCAUCGUCAUCAGCAACACGAAUGCACUUGAGGUUCAAGGGUUGCGGGACUUGAAUGUGAAGAAUAUGGUGGAUGAGACUCAAAUUGGACAGAUGCUCGCGUUGAAUGAAGAGCUACUGGAUCAUUUGAGGGACGUGAGGGCGUUUAAGCCGACGCAGAAUUGGAAUAUGUUUCGGAAGCCCAGCACCUUGAUGAGGAGGGAGAGCGUGGAGAUGGGAAGGACCAUACUGGAUGUCAGUGCUGGUCAGGCAGAAGAGAGGCCAAGGACUGUCAGAAGGAUCAUUGCUGGAGAGCGAGGUACUGGGAAAAGUCUCAUGCUGUUGCAGGCGAUGAGCAUGGCUUUCCUCAAUGAUUGGGUGGUGAUCAAUGUGCCAGAGGGUCAGGAGUAUACGAUUGCUCAUUCUGCCUAUGCCCCUAUGACUAUUAACUCAGCAAGGCAGCUGUCACCCGAUCAAGCCGCCCAGACAGCAUCAAAGCAAUCACAGGGCUCACAGGAAAUGAUCUACAACCAGCCAACCCUGACCGCUGAGCUAUUACAGCGUAUUUCUAAGUCAAAUGAAAACGUUCUGAAGAGGAUCCCGCUGGCGCAUGAGUACAAGUUUGGAGAUUACGAGCCAAAGAACCUAUACUCUCUUGCCGUCGUCGGUGUUGAGGAGACAAGCUUGUCCUGGAAAGUUUGGCAAACAUUAUGGGAAGAGCUCACAUCCCCAUCAGAGCGGCGGAGGCCGCCUGUACUGGUUGCAAUAGAUGGGAUCGAUCACUGGAUGACGCUGAGCAAGUAUAGAUCUGCAGACUAUAAACCAAUUCAUGCUCACCAGCUUGCGCCAAUACGACACUUCGUUGAGAUGCUUUUCAACCAAAAUGGAGCUGGACAGCUAGCGAAUGGAGGAAUUGUUCUCGCCGCCACGACUGGUUCGAACGCUCCGUCGGUACCUGCUUUUGAACUUCUGCUGAAGCAGCUAGACGCACGCGCGAGAGGACUAAAGAUGGGAGACAAUGAAUUUCCCAUGCCUCAGCCAUACAAGACAGUGGAUCAGAGGGUGCUCAAUCUCCUCGAAGGAAGUGCUGAGCUGAAUGUUCAAAGAUUGAAGGGCUUGGAGAAGGAUGUGGAAGCGAAGGGCCUGCUGGAGUACUUUGCGAGGAGCGGCGUCUUCAGGGAGGUGGUGAGUGAGAGGACAGUAGCUGAAAAGUGGUCCUUGGCUGGCGGUGGAGUGAUUGGAGAGCUGGCGAGGUUCGGAUCGAGGUUAAGAGUUUGA